AUGAAGUUUCAAAAGUCAAAGGAUGAGGAGCCUACGGCUGCUGGACAAGUGGCCAUCAGAAAGAAAUCCAAAGUUCCUGGUGUAAUGAUCACUCAGUUUGUGGAAGAACUUCCUGCUGGAAAGAGCCACCCAGACUUCACACGAAAACCCAUUGCCUUGACCAUUCAGGAAGGGAAGUUAGCUUUCUUUAAAGCCAUCAUCACUGGAGAUCCAAUACCAACUGUAAAAUGGACUCGAAACAAUGGUGAAAUUUCUCUUACAAAUUACCGCGUUACAUGUGAUCCAAGCAGCAGAGAACAUCAGUUACAGAUACCCAAUGUAGCUGUAGAACAGGCAGACACCUACAAGUGUAUUGCUGAAAACGAGUAUGGACGUGCUGUUGUCACUGCCACACUGAAUGUGAUUGAGAUUGGGUUCAAGAAGAGCAAGGCAUUGCAAGAAGCUAGGUUUCAAAAGGUGCAGUCAGACUUCCUUUGUCUUUGUUGCCACAGAACUGAUCGUCCAAGAGCGGAGAGAAAAGAUGGAGACGUUGAUGAAAGGUUCUGGGAACUGUUGCUGAGUGCUGAUAAGAAAGACUAUGAGCACAUUUGCGCUGAAUAUGGAGUGACUGAUUUUCGCUGGAUGCUGAAGAAACUGAAUGAGAAGAAAAGGGAAAUAGAAGAGCAGCAAGCACAGUAUGUUGAAUAUCUGGGCAACCUAAGACACAUUGAGAUAAAAAAUAAUGGAUGUGCACAAUUUGAAUUUGAGAUGGACCUCAAGGACCCCAAUGCCAAAAUCUACCUCUAUAAAGAUGGCGAGAUGGUUCCAUUCAGCAUCGAUUGCGAUGAGAAGCACAGUUUGCGUCAAAUAGGCAGAAAGUUCAUGUUUACUGUAAAUGGCCUGUCUCCAGAUGAUGCUGGACUCUACCAAGUAGAUGUGGAAGGAGUCAACGUCUUCUCUACUGACUUUAAAAUUCCAAUGGUGGACUUCUUGGUGAAGAUUGAAGAAGUAAAGGCAGUUGAAAGAGAAGACGCAGUCUUUGAGUGUGUUCUUUCUGCUCCACUCCCAAAGAUCUCUUGGAUGGGAAAGAGUGUUCCUUUGGAGCAAGGCGAAAAAUAUGACAUUACAGUUUCUGAGGACAUGUUGAUCCACAGACUAGUGGUGAAGGACUGCAUGAAGGUGGAUAAUGGCAUAUACGCUGCCGUGGUUGGUAUCAAGUCCUGCAAUGCCUGGCUGAUAGUAGAAGCUGACAAUGACCCAAAGAACCACGGAAAGAAAGCAGCACGCAAAACAACCCAGGCAGGAGGGAGUGGCGCCAACGUGGUGAAGAUUGCUGCUGAGCAACAAGCCAAGCUGCAGAAGGCAAAAGAGGAGAAGAUGGAGGCGCUCAAACAGCAACAAGCUGAAAAGCCUGAAGAAGCCCCAGCCACUAAGGUCGAGCCUCAAGCUGAGCUCGAACCUCUAGCUGAGCCCAAACGUCUAGCUGAGUCCGAAACUCUAGCUGAGCCCAAGCCUCUAACACAGCCCAAGCCUAAACUCAAAGCCAAACCUAAACCUAAAUGCAAGCCUGUAGCUGAAGGUGUGGUAGAAGAGGCAGAGCCAGAGACAGAACCAGAGGUGGAGGAAAUAGCUCCAGAACCAGAAAAUAAUGAUGGAUCUGAACAAACUGGUCUAGAGCCACCCAGUGAGGAAGGUGGCGAGAGGAAGAAGAGAGUGAGGACAGGGCCCUUGGUCCCUGACUCUAUAAUCGACCCAGGAGUUCACUUCACUGGUGGGUUACAAGAUGUCAGAGCCAUUAUGGGUCAGUCAGCUGAGAUGGUGUGCAAGCUAAGUAGCGCGGACUGUGAUGGAGUGUGGUAUAAGGAUGGAAAAGAGAUAACAUCCACAGAUGAUCUGAAGAUUACCAAAGAUGGGGCUAUUCACAAACUGAUGAUAUGUAACUGUAAAGAAGAGGACAAUGGAAAGUAUCGCUUUGAGGCCGAUGGACGUAAAUCAGAAGCCAUACUUAUUGUAGAAGACCCACCAAGGAUGGAUCCAGAUGAUUUAGCUAAAUUUUCAGAGCCUGUGAUUAUCAAGGUUGGCCAAAAUGCUUCCUUCAAACUGAGCUUUGUGGGUCAAGAGCCAAUAAAGGUCCAGUGGUACAGUGAGGGUGAGGAGCUGCUGAAUGACACCAACAUCAAGAUUGAGAAGUCCUCCAGUGACAGCAGCUUACGCCUAACCAAGUGUCAGCGCAAAAACACGGGAGAGAUCAAGCUCAAGCUAAAGAAUGAAUUUGGGACUAUUGAGGCUUUCUCCAAGCUCAUCGUCUUAGACAAGCCUACCAACCCGCUGGGCCCUGUGGAGGUGAUUGAGGCAUCAUCAUCCUGUGUGGAAUUCAAGUGGAGGCCUCCAAAAGAUGAUGGAGGCUCUCCAGUGAGUCACUACAAUCUUGAACGCCAGCAGCUUGGGAGAAACACCUGGAAGAAGAUUGGGAAUAUCCCUGCGGAAGCCCACUAUAAGGACACGGAUGUAGACCAUGGAAGGAAGUACUGCUACCGCAUAAGGGCCAUAAGUGCAGAAGGCACAAGCGAUGUGUAUGAGACAGAUGACAUACAGGCUGGCACUAAAGCUUAUCCAGGUCCACCGUCCACACCCAGAGUUGUCAGUGCCUUCAAGGACUGCAUAAAUCUAACAUGGACACCGCCUGCCAACACUGGAGGAACAAACAUUGUGGGCUACAACGUGGAGAAACGCAAGAAGGGCAGCAGCCUGUGGAGUCAAGCAAACCCUCCAGAGGAGCCAAUCAAAGCCAAACAGUAUGGAGUGAAAGAUGUUGUUGAAGGAAUAGAGUAUGAAUUCCGCGUCUCAGCCAUCAACCAUUCUGGUGCUGGAGAACCAAGCUCACCAUCUGAAUUUGUGAUAGCCAGAGAUCCUAAGAAGCCACCUGGUAAAGUAAGUGACCUAAAGGUGUCAGACUCCACAUAUUCUUCAUUGUCACUGAGUUGGACAAAACCAAAGGAAGAAGAAGGUGUACAGGAUGAAGCUAAAGGAUAUUUUGUGGAACUAAGGCCAGCAGAAAACAUAGAAUGGACUCGGUGCAACUCCAAUCCAAUUAUAACAACUUCCUACACAAUUCUUGGUCUUAAGUCUAUGGCCAUGUACUGGGUAAGAGUGGUCGCAACCAAUGAAGGUGGAGAAGGUGAACCCAAGAAUCUAGAUAACUAUAUUAUCGCCAUGCCUCCACCAGUGAGGCCAAAUUUCACCGAUCGGAAAAUGAAGAGCUUUAUGGUGGUGAGAUCUGGAAACUCUGCUCGAGUCACCAUCAAUUUUGAGGCAUCUCCAGUGCCAACAAUCAUUUGGCUCAAAGAUGGAAUGCCUGUACCUAAACGUGUGACUAUGAGCAACACUGAUGGAACAUCUCAGCUCCUCAUCCCAUCCGCAGAGCGUUCGGACACUGGAAUCUACACCAUCAUAGUGAAGAACAUGGUGGGACAAGAGACCUUCAGCACUGAGAUCAGGGUCACAGAUGAUCCUAAACCUCCUGGUGCAGUGGAAUUGGAGCAAAAUGUCCCUGGCACACUUACUGUAUCCUGGAUGCCAUCGCCUGAUGAGAAAAGAGAUGACCGCUUGCACUAUAUGGUGGCAAAAUGUGACUCGGUCAAACAAACUUGGCACACUGUUGCUCAUUGUGUGUUUAACAACAACUUCACAGCUGUCAACAUCAUGCCAGGAAGGGAGUAUAACUUCCGUGUGUAUGCCAAGAAUGAUAUGGGGCUCUCUGAACCUUCUGAGUCCCCAACAUGGGGGGUUGUAAGGAAGAAAGAAAAGUUCACUGUCAACAUGCCUGAGCCCAAGACCUGCAACUUUGAUUCUGCUCCUACUUUCACGGUCCCGCUGAAAACACACACCAGCCCAGAGAAAUAUGAGUGCUACAUGAGCUGUGCUGUAAAAGGCAACCCCAUCCCCCACGUCACCUGGUACCGCAACAACAUCAGCCUCAACACGAACAUCAACUACUACAUCACCAACACAUGUGGCGUCUGUUCCUUACUAAUCCUGAGUGUGGGGCCAAAGGACAAUGGAGAAUACAAAGUUGUUGCAGAGAACUCUUUAGGCCGUACUGAGUGCUCCACCCAGCUCGCAAUCAGAGAAUGA